AUGACCUCCCUUUCUGCGAGGACAACACAUAUACUACAGACCAUUGGGCUUCGAAGAGGCUCACGUUUGUUCCUACGACAUUCAUCUGGGGCCGCAUGGACACCAGCACACAAGCCAGGAGAAUUUCCAUUGUACGACCUGGCCUUGCGGGUCAUCGAAGAAGAUUCGGAAAGGAUUAGAGGACGACUCAAAGAAAUCAAAAAGACAUCCUUGACCGCCCAAACUCUUGCGAGGAUGCAGGAACUCGAAGUUUUCUCCGAGUUGAAUCGUCCAGAAACUUUGUGGGCUUUCGAACAGGGAAAAGGUGAUAUGUCAAAGCCUGUUUUCCGACAUUUGGCUGAGCGGAGAUGGAGGGACGAAGGGAAACUAGAUCAUCUGAUGCAAAGAAUUCAUACAAUGAACAUUGUACCAGAUCUGGUUGGUGACAUUCACCCCUCCGUCGACCUAGAUGUCGUGGUCGGCGACGGUUCGAUAGAGGCGGGUGUAUUUGUAGACCCGCAAGCAACGGUUCAAGCGCCCGGGAUUGGUGUAAAGGUGUUCCACAGGGAGGAGCGAUCAUAUACUCUCGUCAUGGUCGAUCCAGAUGUACCAGACGUACCCAACAGGUCUUACCGGCAGUAUCUGCACUGGCUCAUACCGAACGUAGUCAUUUCUUCUACUUCGCCACCUCUCUUGCAACUGGAGAAUUUCCAGCCGGCUUGCACAUAUCUUCCCCCGCAUCCCCAAAACGGCACGCCAUACCAUCGUUAUACGGUCCUGCUGUUGGAGAAUCCCGAAUCGCGUGAACUCCCUAUCACGCCAGUCUCCGAGAGCGAGCGGGCUACGUUUUGUUUGAGAGACUUUAUCAAGCAGUGGGACUUCAAACCGAGCCUCGGAGGGGGAAUCCACUUCUGGAGAAGUACAUGGACACCGUCUGUGAGCGAUAUUUAUUCCACUAUAUUGCAUAAACCAGAGCCUAGAUACGGACGCCCGCCAAAGAUUGACAGAUACGAAGAGGUUAAACGGACGAGGAGAUAUAUAUAA